UAUUGUGAAGUGAUAGAACCUCGGGCGUUUUAUCUUUUAAGUGCAAACUCGGAUAGUUAAUUUGAGGGAAUGGAAAAGCAAAAAAAAAGUGGGAUCCUUUUAGGUUAAAAUAUUUCGCCUCUGUGUUAAUGUCUCAGGGUGUUGAUUUAUUCUUUAACCUGUUUUAAUUAAUUGAACAAAGGUUCAUUUUGAUGAUGGAUAAAGAAGCCAGGGCUAAAUCACCACCUGCCGUGUUCACCUCGAAUGCUGUUAAAGGACGUAGGAAGAAGAGGGAUGGAACAUUACAAGCUGCAAAAUGGAAUGCUUCUUUAGCUUCUAAAAUCAAAACUAAAUUAAUGAAUAACUCAUCUAUGUUGAAAGUAUCUUUACAACAAAAUAACAGAGCAUUAGCUGUGGCUUUAAGUGUGGAGAAAGAAAAUUCUCGCAGGCUAAAGAAUGAGAGGAUUUGUCUUCAGAAGGAAGUAGAAAAACUGCAGCUUCAUAAUAUCUUGCUUCGUCAAAAACUAAACUGUUUGAAUAAAACUCUUAUUGGAAUAGAAGCAUUUUUGAAUGAUAACCUUUUAACUGCAAUAGAGAUAAGCAGUCCUUCUGAGAAUCUGCAGAGUUCCUUUCCUCUGUCAGCUGAUCCAAGUAGCCCUACUGAUGACCAGUUCCAGAGUGCCCGCCAGUCAGCGAGAUCUGCAGAAUUGCCAGUGAGGCUUCCUUUAAUUGGAGCAGCUAAUGCAAAACAGCAGAGUAGCCCUUCUCUGGGUGAAAUGCUGAAUUCCUACAAGUGUACCAAUGAUUUGUCAGAGGAAGUGCAUUCAGAUCAAAUCAAGUUUGCAUCAUCAUUGCCUUCUGGUACAAAUAAUCAAAAGUUAAUUGAAACAGAUCCAGUGGAAACAGCUGUUGACAAGAAUAAAUUUUUGAAAGAAAAUCAACUAUGCACAGAAUUAAGUUCCCGUAGUGCCUUUGUGACUCAUGUCAAAAAUACACAAUCCUUAGGACAGUCUGAGGAGCUUUCAAAACAAUAUCAUGGUAGUUCAUUGCCAUCCUGUGGAAAUGUGACAGAAAGAAAGAAAGAUGCAGUACUUCACAAGUCAAAACCUCAACCUAGUAUAAAGGAUUUUGAUAAAAAAGGUGGGUCAUUGAAUCUGCCUCAUCAUAGUAUCAACAGUGGCAGCAACACCAAUGAUACAAAUCUGCAGGAAGGUUCAAGUGACUUGUCUCACAUUGUUCCCUCAUCUAUUAAAUUUAGCAAUGAAAGUAAGACAGAUUUUAAGAAGCUGCUUUUUACUGACAAGAUGAAGCCUGAAGAAACACUUUAUGAUGCUGAUAUGGAGUUGACUGCCAGUGAUGCAGGUGAACUACUCACAGCUACAGCAAAAGACAAUUAUAAAUUGCACCAAAAUAAAAUUGGUAAUGCAAAUUCUGACAAAAUAUUAGCAAAUUUCAGAAAAGUAAAAUAUUCUAAGAAGGAUAAAGAAAAAAACAAAAGCAAGACUGAAGUUGAUUCAAAUUUAUGUGCAGAAGAAAGGCACACUGGGGCUGACAAGAGUGAAACCUCAAAAACUACUGACUUAGAAACUCAACUAUUCCAAAGUCAGACAGAACAGCUACCUGCAGGAGAUUCUGUAGAGAAACAGAGUAAAACAAGUAAAGCUAAAGAUAGAAAGAGGAUAUACCACGUUAUUGUAGUGAGUCCAAGAAAACAGGAGACAAAUGAAGAAACUUUCUCAGAAAUGUCUGGAGACAUGGAAAGCAAAAUUCAAAAUGCAAACUUAAACUCACCUCUUAACAAGAUCUCGUCAGGAGAUUAUUGUGCUGAGAAUUUACCAUUCCAAGAUAAUACUUCUAAUGUGUUGCCUUUACAGGGUGACUUUCUGAAUGCAAAUGAGAAAGAUAGUGAACCAACAAAAAUUAGGAAAACUUUUCAAAACCCUUCCAAAGCAAACACAGCAAAGUCCUGUAGAGAGGAAAAUGGCCAGGAUGAAGAAUAUAUUCCAAAAAAAUCUCAAACAGAGAUACACCAAAGUGACAGCAAGACAAAACAGAACCAUAAAAAUAUUAUGAAGAGAAAAGACAACAAAAAAAGUAGUUACAGACAAAGCAGAGAAACUGAAAAGGACGGCGUUCAUAGAAUUAGUCAGAAAGCAGACCAAAAGAGCAACCAUUUCUCGCCAGGCAGAUUAAAACGUACAUUGGCAAAGGCUGGCCGGAAAGCAUACAUAAUCCCAAAAGGAAACCUUACACUGUCCUCAGCUUGUAGAAAUCAAGAAUUAAAAAAUAAGGAUUCAUUGCAUGCAGAGACUGGAAAUAAAGUAACUGGAACUCAGCAAAUGCAAGUAGCUUUGGUUCCUCAGGACGAUGCAGCUCUGAAUACACCACAAGCUAAAGAACAAGUUAAUGAUGAUGCUAACAUGUUAAAGAAAGCAGAUUCCUCAGCAGUGGCAAAUAAAUCCCCACUCAUUAGUAAUUCUUCUGGUAAUCAGGUAAAGCAGAAACAGAGAUUUAGUUCUGAUAUUACUGAGACCAGACGAGAAAAAAGUUAUUUCAGGCCUAUUGAUCUGGGCAGGCAGAAUAUUUUGGAUGGCCAGGAAGGCCCUCAUGAAAUAGGUUCCUUUAUGAGUAAAUCAAAGCCUACUAUUCAAGCUGAAUGUUCUAAGAAUAUGUCAUUGAACACAGAUAGCUUUCCCCAGGAAGGUCUUUCCAAUGUGCAGCUCUCGGCUUUUGAUAACCAAAAUGCUUCUAUCAACUUCUCCGUAUUGAAAAACUCUGAAAUCCAAGGAGAAAAUGAUCCUAAAGAAGCACUGAAUGCUGAAAAAGUAGAACAGAAUCUGGACCAUAUUUCUAAAGAGAGUUACAAAAAUAGUCUGACACCUUGUCAUGGAAGAAAGGCUUUUCAAGAUCUGACAAAUACCGGUAUACAAUCUCACGUGUCUGUACCUAAAUCCCCCAAAACUUUAGAGGAAAACUCAGCAGCACCAUCUAGACGAGGAAGACCCACUGUUUGCUACAAAGAACCCAAUCUACACAGCAAAUUAAGGCGUGGGGAUCGGUUUACAGAUAUGCAAUUUCUGUGUUCCCCAGUCCAUAAAGUAAAAAAUAAAACAAGUUUUAAAAGUAAAUCAAAAUUUAUUUGAAGAAGAGAAAAGAAUUGCCUCUAUGAACAAUACUUCUAAAAUGGGUACAGUUGUUUCUGUAUGUAUAUAGAUGUUUAGCAAUAUUGAGUGCUUGUUGUUUGAUUAGUAGAGGUCUUCCAAAGUGAAAUUUUCUGGAAAAGAGUCUCUAUAUAAGGGGCACAGAAUACUUCACUGAGGAAGGCAUUUACAUGUUAGGUUCCACUCACGUUUUGCAUUUCUGGUCAGUAAUUUAUAAUUUCUUCAAAGUGUUUGCAGCACUUCUUAAAUUGUAAGAAAAGUGUAUGUUUUAAUGUAAAUUAAAAAUAAACCAGCUUUGGGAAUUUUA